AGUUCUACCCGGGCCGCCGCGCUAUGGAUCGCGCGCUACGGCUCCUCGCGCGUUCGCGUUUCCUCUCGCGCGCUCCAGCUUCCGACCCCCGCCCUGGCCCCGGCCCGGGUGGCGCGGCACUCCUGCUGCUUCGGCCUCCGAACGUCGUUCGAAUGGCAAGCCAAAAUUCUUUUCGGAUAGAAUAUGAUACCUUUGGUGAACUCAAGGUCCCAAAUGAUAAGUAUUAUGGUGCCCAGACUGUGAGAUCAACAAUGAACUUUAAGAUUGGAGGGGUGACAGAACGCAUGCCAAUCCCAGUUAUUAAAGCAUUUGGCGUCUUGAAGCGAGCAGCUGCUGAAGUAAACCAGGAUUAUGGUCUUGAUCCAAAGAUUGCUAAUGCAAUAAUGAAGGCAGCAGAUGAGACUGGAUCAGGAACCCAGACAAAUAUGAAUGUAAAUGAAGUCAUUAGCAAUAGAGCAAUUGAAAUGCUAGGAGGUGAACUUGGCAGCAAGAAACCCGUGCAUCCCAACGAUCAUGUUAAUAAAAGCCAGAGCUCAAAUGAUACUUUUCCCACAGCAAUGCAUAUUGCUGCUGCAGUAGAAGUUCAUGAAGUACUGCUACCAGGACUACAGAAGCUACAUGAUGCCCUUGAUGCAAAAUCCAAAGAAUUUGCCCAGAUCAUCAAAAUUGGGCGUACUCAUACACAGGAUGCUGUUCCACUUACUCUUGGGCAGGAAUUUAGUGGUUAUGUUCAACAAGUGAAAUAUGCAACAACAAGAAUAAAAGGUGCCAUGCCAAGAAUCUACGAGCUCGCAGCUGGGGGCACUGCUGUCGGUACUGGUUUAAAUACUAGAAUUGGCUUUGCAGAAAAGGUUGCCGCAAAAGUGGCUGCACUCACAGGCUUGCCUUUCGUCACAGCUCCAAAUAAAUUUGAAGCUUUGGCUGCUCAUGAUGCUUUGGUUGAACUCAGUGGAGCCAUGAACACUGCCGCUUGCAGUCUGAUGAAGAUUGCAAAUGAUAUUCGUUUUCUGGGUUCUGGUCCUCGCUCAGGUCUGGGAGAACUGAUUUUGCCUGAAAAUGAACCAGGAAGCAGUAUCAUGCCAGGCAAGGUGAACCCCACCCAGUGUGAGGCACUGACCAUGGUUGCAGCCCAGGUCAUGGGCAAUCAUGUCGCCAUUACCAUUGGAGGCAGCAGUGGACAUUUUGAGUUGAAUGUUUUCAAGCCAUUGAUGAUUAAAAAUGUGUUGCACUCAGCCAGACUGUUGGGGGAUGCAUCAGUUUCCUUCACAGAAAACUGUGUGGUGGGAAUCCAGGCCAACACAGAAAGGAUCAACAAGCUAAUGAAUGAGUCGCUAAUGUUGGUGACAGCUCUUAAUCCUCAUAUAGGGUAUGACAAAGCAGCCAAGAUUGCUAAGACCGCACACAAAAAUGGAUCGACCUUAAAGGCAACUGCUAUUGAACUUGGCUAUCUCACAGCAGAGCAGUUUGAUGAGUGGGUAAAGCCUAAGGACAUGCUGGGUCCAAAGUGAUUUAAAUAAAUUCAUAAUAAAAAUGAUUGUCAUAUAAAAUAAAAAGUGAAACAGACUCCUUAUAUUUCUUAAACAAAAAUGGAUAAAUGUGAAAGGAAACUGCUAUUGAACUUGACUGUCUCUAGCAGAGCAGUUUGGUCAGUGUAUAAAACGCCAGGACAUGCUAGGUCCAAAAUGAAUUUUAAAAGUGUAAAAUAAAAUAAUUAAAUUGUAUAAAAUCAAAAGGAAAACAGACUUAUUUUUCUUUUAUGUUAAUUGACUCAUAUUAUAUAGUUGAAUCUGUGAGUUUUGUGUAUGGGUGUUUACCAUUUCAAAUGUUUUAUAAGAGCCAUAUCAGCUUUUAAAGAGUUGUAAUUUUGGGGGGUGGUUUUUGUUUUAAAAAAAUUCCCCUGUAGUAAAAAAGUACUUGUUAGCUCAUUCCCAAGUUAAGUCUUCAGACAUCUUUUAUUUUCCUGUGAUUUGGGAGCAUAAGCUGACCAAGCAUUUGCCCUCCUAAGUGGGGUUGUGAGUGUUUGUAUGUGUGUACGUGUCAUGCACACAUGCAUGCAUAUAUAUGGAAUAUAUAUAUGUACACAUAUAUAAGGAAGUAGGAUAGAUUAACAAAAUUAAAACAUAUAUAUAUCCUAUGUGCUAAUUAAACAGACACACACACCUCCUGAUCUUAUUUAAAUUAUCCUAGGAAGACUGGAAAGACUGAGUUAAGAAUUAUAGGACAUGGAUUAAAAAGGAUAAGGGGUGCAAGCAGGAAGCUUGGAAAGAAAGAGAGGGUGUCAUGGGAGUGAGUCUUGCCCAUCAUCUCUCUGUGCACCUCUCAGUGCCAGGAUUUUUCAGCAGGAGUUCAUUUGACACAACCUCAGGGAAUUUUGAAUUAGCAGUUCUAGGGAGAUCCAGGUUAAGUUGAUUUAAACCUGGAACUGAAGGCUUUGUUUAAAAUAGACCCAACCUCAAUUAUGUAGGGAGUUGGAACAAUUUGUUCUUUUUUCCCCUCCCACAUGUAUAAUAAAUAACAAGAUUAUGAAGAGAGUGAUUCCCACUGGCUAAAGCAUCUCAUCUGUAAGUAGUGCUCUAUCAAGUGUGUCUAAAAAAAAAAAAAAAAAGGAAUACUUACUCCUGAGACUUAUUCUUGGAAAAUUAGGCUCAUUAACACCAACUCUGCUGUGGUAUUUAGAAGAUAGCAUAUAUAGCAUUUUAAAAAAAUAAUUAAAAUUCUAAUAUAAUGUUCUAUGUCAAUUGUACCUCAAUUUUUAAAAGUUGUAGAAGUAUUGUGAUGAAAAAUGAAAUUAUAUUCUUACAACUAAUCUCUUAAGCCUGAGUGGGUAUUCUUUUUUUAUUGUAAAAGGGAUUUCAAACCUUUUAAUGGAGCCCAUAGGAUCUACUUUUAACCCAUGCAGUAUUGUUUUUGGCAGUGUUUUUCACAUGGUGAUGAUGUGAUGCUUGUGCAGUUUGAUUUCCUGUAGCCUAUUUUGUUUAAAAAAAAAUUAUUGGAAAAAAUCAUAAAACAAAAUCAGAUUGUGCCUGGAACUCAAUAACCAAACUGGGAACUGUUCUAUAGUUGUGGACCUGAAUGAUGUUUUGCCUGAGCAGGCAUCCUCAAUCUAAACAAGCUGUCAUUGGAGGGCUCAACUAGAAACAUAACCACUUAUGUAAUAAAGAUAAUAGCAGAUGAGGUUUGUAGCCUCAAACAGUCUUUGUACAGCUAUCUGCUAUAUCCUAGCAUAUUAUGAGCCAUCAUUGAAUCCUUUGAGCUGACAAUCAUCUUUGUGUGAUGUUAGUGAAGUAAAACACUGUGCUUUAUGGUGAAAUCCUACAUAAGCGUUUUAGGAUUCCCUGUGAGAGGGUUGUACUGAAAAUCAACUUCAGUAUUUGUACACUGAGGACAGUGUUGUCUCAUGGGACGUUUGGCAAUGUCUAGAGACAUUUUUGGUAGCACUGAGGAAGGAGUGCUGCUGGCAUCUAGUGGGUGAAAGAGAUGAUGCUGAGCAUCCUAUAAUGCACAGGACAACCCCCAACAACAAAGAAUUGUCCACCCCCACAUAUCAAUAGUGGUGAGACAGAAACUUAAACCCCAAAGCUACUGUCUCUGGAAAUGCUCACUGUUUAGUUAGGCUUCACUGCUUGCUUGUGUGUAUUUAUAUCCUGGCAUUGCAGAGACUUUAUUAAUUGAAACCAUGAGGUAUCUUAGAUGUGAGCAUGAACAGAAAUGUGUUAAUGAAACAUUAAAUGAUUACAGUGCUCAUGGCUUGGAAUGACCUACACCCAGCAGGGUAUCCAAGGAUUUGUGCUGGAUAAACAUAAUGGGGGUGAGGGGCUGUCAAGUACUUGCAAAAACGCCAGGUAAAUAUGUUUUAAGAUGGAGACGAAAACAAUCCAUUGAUCCUUAGCAAACAUGUAGAAUGCCAAGGGGCUUACUUGAGCAAACACAUUUCAGAGGAGGAAAGUCAUGGGACUUAUGAACAGAUCAGUCUAGAACUACACCAAACUUGCCACACAGACGCAGCAGGGAAGUUCAUAGAAAGCCACGGGCUAAAUUUACUCAUUUAACUGUUUCAUUUGGUUGACAGCAAAAGUAUAUAUUCACAAAAAUUUAUGAGAAUAUUUCAUACUCAAGUAUAUUUUAAAGAUCAUAUGCUUGAAUAUGGCUGUUAUAUCUCUUCAACUGUCCUAUUGGUC